AUGGGCAAUGGUUUGGAGGUCCGCCAAACUUUCGACGGUUAUCACGGCUUCUGUGAACCGUUUAGAGACGACUCCGCCGCACAGGGCCCUUCUCUGGACCGCGGGCUGUCGGCCCAUGGUGCCCUGCCCUGGAAGUCCUGGAAGUCCUGGAACCUCACGCCCCCUCCGGACCGCGGCAUCCCACUGUUAAGCACCCCUAACUCGGACUGGACCCUCCAGCACAGCAAAUCUUGGCGCCUGCGGAGCCACUUGGAUGACGUUCAUAGCGUCAGGAACGCCCAGGAGCGAAGGAUCCUGUUGGCGUUUGCCAGAGGGCGAGUGAGUGUCCGCGGAAUGAAGUGCCCCGUCCGCGGAUGCGCUUACGGGGGGUCCAGGGUGGCGCAGCACCUCCAAGACGCUCACCGUGAUCUGGGUGCCAAGGAGAAGAGGCGGCUUUUGAGGAAGCUCCAGUGGCGCAAAACGCUUAGGCAGGUGAGAGAACUUCGGGCCUCGGGUCCCGACCCGCCGUUAGCCACCAGCUUGGACCUGGACGGGGCGAGGGCUUCCCGGCCGACUGAGCCCCACUCCUCCCGUUCGACCUCGGCGGACUCCCCGCCACCAGAGCCGGAGCCAUGUCUUCCCGGCGGGCUUGGCACCAGUGCCGACGUGCCAGCCGCGGACUCGGUGGUCGUCGAGGAGGAGGAGAUUGCCGGAGGGCCGGAGAUCGGGGACGAACCGCAGGCGGAGCUGACUGGACUGCCGGAGAUAAGGGACGAACCGCAGGCCCCGUCCUCCAGCACGGUUAGUAAGCUGAUUACAUUUCCUCCAGUCAUCCGUUGCUACCUGCAGGAAUAUAACCGGCAUCUGACCGGGGCUAUACGCUCGCGAAAGCAUGUUGAAAAUGUUAAAUCAAAGAUGGGUCGAAUUGUUGCAUUCCUCAGCUACAUGAGCCGUAAUAAGACCGCCCUGGGCUCCUGGCGCUUCUUGGAUGACGCCGGACGCAUACUUGCCUGGCCCGCUGAACUCAGCCGUCAGCAGAAGGCCGUGACUACCGUUAAGGUUUACCUGGUAAACACAACCCAAUUCCACGUAUACUUCAUGGAGACGCCUCCGAGAAGCUCCAGGCUGUCAAAGCGGCAGCUCGUGUCGGUGAUGCGAGCUCUGAGGUCGGCCACGUGCCAAAUCGGAACGCAGGUGGUGCUUCGGCAGAUCAAGGUCAAGUCUGAGAAGCUCCAGCGAUCCGUAACGCCCCAACUUCUCUGCAGAUGCCUCAAACAAUCUCAGAGCUGGAUCCCCAGACUCUUGCUGAGCUGCUCGCAAAAGAAGCACGACGUGGGAGCGAGACAUCUGUUGUACGGUUUCAUUGUCCUUUACCUUACUUCUCUCUACGGCCAUCGGGCCGGCGUCAUGACCAACCUUACCACCGAAGAGGUCCUGGAGGCAACAAGGGGAUCCAGCUCUCGCUCUCCGGGGGUCGUACUCAAUGUAAAAAACCAUAAGACUGCACGGGUGUUUGGCUGUGCUCAGGUGUUUCUGACCCACGAGGAACUGGGCUGGAUCCAGCGGUGGAUGGAGAUCCGGGCUCUGCUACGCCCUCGGUGCGAUCUGGUAUUUUUCAAUACCAACCACGGGCAAGUGAAAAACAUCACCCUGUUCGCGAGGAACGCAUGGGCAGCCAUGCUACUGCCAGGCAGACCCUCCCUUACCGACAUCAGGACCGCGGUCGCAACGAUGUGCAGGAACACCCACUCCAGUGAGGUCCGGACGCAGCUGUCCCGGGUAAUGUGUCACGACACCCGCACGGCCGACCGAUUCUAUGCGAUGCAGCUGGAUGUCUGCCAGAUGGCGGAGAUGAGGCGCAGAUUUGCCCAGUGCAUGGGAGAAGAAGCUGCAGAAAGUUCACAAUAAACUUUGAAUAAUGCACCAGAAUGUGUCAUGUCUCUUCAUUGUGUGGGGGGUGGGUGGGUGGGGUUCCAAUCCCGGCCAACGGGGCCCGCGGAUCGGUCCGCACCUCUGGUAAUCUGAGCUGGGCUCAGAACCGACCCGGAGAACCGCCAGGCCCAUCAGAAGGACCGAGGAGACUCACAGGAGCGGCCGGAGCCCACAGCGUUACUGCUUCGGAGAUCCAGAGAACCAGACCGACGUUCCGGGGAAAACGGCUUAAAAUGCUGGAAAAAGCCGAAAAGGGGGGCCUAAAUCGGCCUUGUCUGAGCUCCAGACGCCCCCUACAACCGCCCUGGAUCAAAACACUUUGUCAUUUUAGAAAAAAGUGCUCUUCUCCAGGGCUCUCUUGAAAUCCUUCCGGUGGGAUUUUUUUAUCUAAGGUCCUGAGAUCCUAUCUAUCCAAAUGGCGCCGGUGAAGCCCUAUUUUUACGGGUGGGGGGCAAUGCUUUGGACCCCCUGGACGCCUCCAGGGCUUUCAGCUCAUGUCAUAGCCGGAAAUAGGGACCGCAAAUCGGGAAACCCCAACUCCGGCCCUGAAUGCAAGCCCGGCCAGCCGGAGACCUCCAGGGCUUUCAGCUCGUGUCAAAGCCCCAAAUAGGGGCCCCCAAAUCGGGAAAC